AUGCAGUCUUAUCUUAAAAGUGAAAGAAAUACAUCAACCCGUAGUGCAAAACCACGAAAAAGAAAGUUCCAUGGAAAUCAACACUGUAAUAACGAUGAAGAAAAUACAGAGCCGCAGAGUACAAGUGCGAAAAAACUCUCUACCGCUGACGAAGAUGAUCUCCAUUACAGUGCGCUUCGAGGCUAUCGGUUAAUCGAGUUUUUUACCGUGUUUACAGCAUUUUCAGAUAUUUUGAUAUGUCGCGAUUGUAAAUUACCUGUGAAAUUUGAAGAAAGUGGUAACAGAGGUUUAGGUUUUAAAAUCGUCGUGAUAUGCAAGUGUGGUCUCAGAAUCAUUUUUUCUGGACCAUUAAUCAAUAAUGGAUAUGAAGUAAAUCGCAGAAUUGUGUUUGUGAUGCGUCUUUUAGGUGUUGCUAGGGAGGGAAUCAACUUAUUUUGUAAUAUGAUGGACAUUUGUAAUGGUUUAUCUGAAAGUACAUACAAUGCUAUCGUCUUGCUGUUACACACCACUACACAGUCAUUAUUUAAAGCUUCUUGUGGUGAGUCGAGAAAAUCGCCGCAGCUCUUUGACGACCAAACAAGCUCGUCAAGCAUGUCUACAGGAACUUACAAAGAAAAACGAGUUUUAUGA